AUGGGUUCACAUAGUGUCCUCAACAUCAGAGACGAUAUUUGUUUCGACCGUUACGGUAGAUACGGCCCGUACGGAUUGGGGUACAGUGUGAACGACAGUGGAAGUGAUGACAGCAUUUCAAACGAACCUCAUCCAGAGAUGGCGGCUAUUUGGUUGAAGACCGGCUACAUCGACUACAGAAACGUUGAUUGGGGGAAAGCGCAAGAAAGGUGUUACAAGUCCAACCGACAGCAAUUUGACACCCCGAAUGAGACGUCUAUGCAGGGAAAGAAACACAGAGAAGCCGUAGUCAUUCGGACUUACACUGGCUUCACGUGGACGGAAUACGCAAAGCUCAAUAUUCGCGCCUUGAUCAGUGAGACUGCCUUGAAAUCGGGGGGUAAAUACGCGGUGCAUCUUCCUUUACACGUUAAGGAUGAUAAUAUUGCCAUUUUUGCGGACGCAGAAGCGCGACAAAGUGUGCUUGAUGAGCAUGUUCCCAAGGAAUUCCACUCGAUUUGCACAUUGUGGUCGGAGGCGCAAAUGAAGCUCUAUUACCCGGGGCCGUUCGGCGUGUCCGUCGAAAAUCCGUCAGCGGGCGAUAUUCACGGCGUGUAUCGCUCAGCACACAUGGCACUCCAACAUUUCGCCGUCCAUCAUCCUGAAUAUGUCCAUUUUUGGAAUUGGGAGUUAGAUAUUCGUUACAUUGGUUCUUAUAACGAACUGUUUUCCAAGCUUGGUGACUGGGCAGCAAAACAACCACGCACUUUUGCAUGGGAACGAUCAGCCCGUUACUAUAUCCCGGCUCUUCAUGGAACUUGGGAAAAUUACAGCAUGAACAUUGAAAACAGUCUCCGGAUUAGCGGACAUCAGCCGAUUAUUGGACCCACCAGAUCCUCAGCGAAAGGGAAUGUCAACUCUGUGGAAGACCACUACUCAAAAUCGUGCCUGGGAAAAUCGAAUGCGUCCCUGUGUGGUGUCGAUGAACCAGCCGAUUUGAUCACGCUCAAUCCGAUAUUCGAUGUUGACGAUAGCGGCUAG